AUGGGAACGGACACAUGUCGUCCGUGCGCUAAAUAUCUCCUUCUAGCUCUAAACCUCGUUUUUUGGUUAACUGGUACUACCCUUAUAGUUCUUGGCGUUUUAUUCCUAUUACGUCCUGAAGUACAAAAUGUUAUACAUUUAUUCAAUUUUACUGUUCUACCAUUGUCAUCUAUAGAAAUCUCAGCAAUUUUUAUUAUCAUUGUCGGCAUUGUUAUCUUCCUUGUUGGACUUUUUGGACUUUGUGGUGCCAAGCAAGAAUCACGCACUUGCCUCAUACUUUAUAUUGUUUUGGUAGCAUGUGUUCUUUUAAUGGAAUUGGCCUUAUUUGCACAUAUGGCCUUGCAUCAUGAUCGAUGGGAAGUAUUUAUAAAACAACGACUUAUAUUAGAAACGAAAAAAUACAACCAUUUGAAUCCAAGUCAAUAUGAGCGAGCAAUUGACUACGUUCAAAGCAAGUAUCAAUGUUGUGGUAUUGAUUCAGCAUAUGACUAUGGUGAUUCAAUUGUUCCGAAGUCUUGCUGUUCUACGCCAAAUGCAUUAUCUACUGUAGCGACUUGUACUGUUCAUCAUGUUAGUUUAAAUGAUACACUCGGAUGUUUUCGUAUAUUAGCAAAUGAAGCAAUAUACUGGAUAAAAUUUUUUAUUAUUGCAGAACUUGGUUUAUGUCUUAUGUCGUUAAUCGGCAUCUAUCUCGCCAUUUGUGUCUGCCAGAAUGCAAUGUUUUAUGAUGGAUACAUUCAAACGCCAUAUCGCGUUUGA